GUGAGUCAGAGAAGGGGCAAUGGCAGGGGCCUGGAGGGCACUUUUGGUGGUGGGCUUGGCAGUCAUGGCCCGUGUAGUCCACUGUCAACUGAGCUAUGAGACAAUUGCUGCCCUGGCUGAGCAGUACUUCAAUCAGGAGCGAAGGGGACAGACCCUCUUCCGCCUACUGGAAGCGAUCCCACCGCCUCACUGGAACUCCAACUCAACAAUCCCUCUCAAAUUCAGGAUUAAGGAGACCGUGUGCCUUUGGAGCCAGCUGAGCCAGCUCCAAGAAUGUGCCUUCAGGGAGGGCGGGGAGAAGAAAAACUGCACCGGCAGCUUUUCCCGGCUGCCGCAUUUCCGCCUCGAGCUGCUCGGGUGCGUCACAGAUCCACCGCGAGCAAGAGGCCCCCGACAUUCAGCGCUCUCCUGAGUCCUCGGAGCUGCUCCCCACUGAGAUUGACAGCUCCAAGUUGCCGCCAUCAAUCAGGGACCUGUACUUGAAAGCCAAGUUCGACCUCAUCUCCAACAUCCUGAGGAAUUUCUAGGGCCUGAGAAGAGAGGGGAGGCCCUGCAUCCCCCAUCCCCACCCGUCCUCCUUCUGCUGUCCCAGAGCUGUGCUCAGCCCCCUUUCUUGCAUGAUCUCCUUUUGGAGGGCUCUGAAAUCCUUGAGCCCCAUCCACAUUCCUUUACACACCUGCUUCCCUCUGCUAGGAAUUCCUGACCCAUCCUGUCUGUAAAUCCUACUCCUCCUUCAAGGCACAGUUCAAAAGUUACCUCCUUCGAAAAGUCUCUCUGCCCUCCUUAGGCAUAGCUGUCCUCCCCUCAUCUGUGCACUCACAACCCUCAAACCAUGCUGGCAUUAACUGCAGCGUCCCCUACGAGAGAGCACAGUGUCUACUCACAACUGGGUACUCCUGAGCCAGCUGCAGGGGGCUAUGGAAUGAGUUUCUUGAUGGCAUGGGGCAGGGGAUUUGGGGAGUGGGGAGGGGAGGCAAUUCCUUUUGUGCAGGAUCCGGAGUACCCCUUUUCCAUGCCCAGUCACUGUGACAACCAA